AUGAUGAAGGACGCGUUCACCGUUGUAAUUAUUAGCUGUAUGCUCGGUCAGCACGUGGUGACGUCUGUCCGCGUCAUAGCCCACGUGACCACUGACGGUCGUCUGACGGUGCGCGAAAUCGAUCAUAUGAGGCAGGUGGUCAGCUGCGAGGUUUACACGCCUGGAGGAGCUGCAGAGAGAGAAUUGGCUGGUAUUCCUUCAGAGUUUCAAUUUUUGACUGACGAUUUCACAUUCCAGUCGAUAGUGGACUCCUGUCAGCUUCCAGAGUCCGGACCCCGUCAUAAACGAUCACCAGAGAUUAUUUUUCCAGGGACGAAAUGGUGCGGAGCGGGAACCGCUGCUACAAACUACGAUGACCUAGGGGUGAAUCAGGAAACAGACAAGUGUUGCCGAACACAUGAUCACUGCCCUGUGAACUUAGAGUCUGGAGAACACUCAGAGGAGCUCGGACUGACUAACAAUUAUCCUUACACCAUAUCAGACUGUAAAUGUGAGGAGGAAUUCAAGCAAUGUCUGCAAAAUGUGGGAAGCGUUUCCGCUAACACGUUGGAGAUUUUUUAUUUCAAUACACUGCGCUUGCCUUGUAUUAAAAAAGGCUUUCCGGAAAAAUGCUCUGGCAUAUGGAUAUUUUAA